AUUAAUAAUCCAAAUUGAGGACCUAUCUGAGACGUCUUUCACAGGAAUUUCAAGGUCUAAAUGAAGCUGGUCCUCACAAAGACACAGGCACAUGUACACUGCACAUGAGUUAAAUUAAGCAUGUGAAUUUUAAUUGAAAAUGAUUUUGAUGACACAUUACUCUCCAAGAAAAACACCAACAAACAACUGAUCCAGACAGUGCACCGGCUGCUCCUUGUGAAAUGAGUGAGUGGUUUAAUGGAACCACAGUGGAGCGCCUGUGGCCAGAAGCAGAGAAGUGGAUACUGGUGACUGUGUUGGGCAUGGAGAUGGUGAUGGGAGUUGUGGGAAACUGCCUUGUUCUGCUGGUCAAAGUCAUGUGCAGGGAUCAGUUCCUCUGCCGUCACUGGCUUCCCUUUGUUAAUCUCACCUUGUCAGAUUUAGGCUGCUCCCUCCUCAUCAUCUCUGGCUCCUUACUGGCCAUGCUGACAGGAGGUCAAAGGUCACCGUGGUGUGAGGUUGUGAGUCUGCUGAAGUUUGCUUUCAUUACCUCUUCAAUUGGGAGCAUAGCCAUCCUCUCUGCACAGCGACUGAUUGUCUCUUCAGGACGACUUCUCUUUGCUUUGACAUUCACGACUUGUUUGACCUCCUGGGUGACAGGAGUGGUGUUUGGGGCUGUGCCUGUUGUCUAUUCCUGGAUUAGAUACGAUCCUGCUGAGAUGCUGUGCGCCGUCUUCUGGGAAAACAGCUACUCAGACAUGCUCGUCUACAUCCUCUGUGCUUUCUCCAUCUGCAUCUUCCUCCCCUUCCUCGUCAUCCUCCUCUGCUCAUUACUAAGUGCAACCAGAUGCAACAGAGAUGAUGAAGCAGAUCUGUCAGCAGUCACUCCUCUGUUGGCCGCCUCCUACAUUCUUUGCUACACUCCCUUUGUCGUGUCGGAGCUAAUACUCUUGGGCAGGAUGGACCUGCAGCCGUCUCCUAACUGGCUCCGGACUCUGUCAUCAGUCAUGUCAUAUUUGGACUGUGGUAUAAACCCACUCAUCUACUUCUCUCAUCUGGAGUUUCGGGAGGCGGGCCUGGCACUGCUGUGGACCAGUAAAAAUCCACUGUCAGAGCCUGUACUCACUGCUAUUAUAAAACGGGACCUGUAGAAAUGUGAUGUUUCCCCAUUUAUUUUUUUUUUUCAAAAUAGAUUUUAAAAGAAUAACCACCCAAA